CCAAAAGAACCGAUUUGUGAACAGGGUAGUUUCUUCAAUGUUCAAUACAGUUUCUGGUAAAAAGAUUGCCAUUCUUGGGUUUGCCUUCAAGAAAGAUACCGGCGGCACGAGGGAAACUGCUGCCAUUGAUAUUCGCAAGGGGCUGUUGGGGGAUAAGGCACAGUUGAGCAUAUAUGAUGUGCAGGUCACAGAGGACCAGAUCACGAGUGAUCUCUCAAUGAAGAAGUUUGAUUCGGACCAUCCAAUUCAUCUCCAGCCAAUGAGCCCGGCUGCGGUCAAGGAAGUCAGUGUUGUUUGGGAUGCUUAUGAGGCAACCGAGGAUGCUCAUGGGAUCUGCAUUCUUACUGAGUGGGAUGAAUUCAAGAUGCUUGAUUACAAGAAGAUUUUUGACAAUAUGCAGAAACCUGCAUUUUUAUUUGAUGGAAGGAAUGUUGUUGAUGUUGAGAAGCUGAGAGAGAUUGGAUUCAUUGUUUACUCAAUUGGGAAGCCGUUGGAUGCUUGGCUCAAGAACAUGCCUGCUAUGGCAUAAGAUGGAAUUUUUUUUCUGUCUCAGCUGCAGAAGUAAUUCUUUGAAAUUUUAAUUUUCACCUCAUGUUUUUACUCUACUUUUCACAUGUAUUACUAGUUGCUGUCAUCUCACAGACACUUCUCAGAGGGAAAUUCUUACUUUUUCUUAUAUUUUUAUAU